AUGAACUUCCUCACCAAAGAAACGCAAAAUCCACCUCCAUGGGACAUACUAUAUGCAGAUGACAUUGUCCUCAUCAGGAAAACGUCAAGAGAGCUGCAACAAGCACUUGACCUGUGGCGUGAGAAACUGGAGGGGGCUGGCCUUCGAAUCAGUAGAGAAAAGACAGUCUACAUGCAUUGCAACUUUGGUAGAAAUAAUGACCAGGCUCACAUACACCUUCAAGGUACUCCACUGCCAGUAGCUCAGAAUUUCAAAUAUCUAGGCUCGAUUAUCAGCAAAGAUGCAGAUGUUUCGAGUCGGAUAAAUACUGGGUGGAUGAGAUGGAGAGAGCUGACUGGUGUACUCUGUGACAAAAGAAUGCCUGUGCACAUUAAGGGAAAGGUAUAUAAAGCUGCAGUGCGUCCAGCAAUGCUGUAUGGAGCCGAGUGCUGGCCGCUCAAAAAACAGCAGGAAGAUAAACUCCAUGUGGCAGAAAUGAGAAUGUUGAGAUGGGCGGGGGGAGUUAGUAGGCUGGACCACAUCAAAAACAUUCAUGUCCGGGGCAGUCUCAAAGUGACACCAAUUUCUGAAAAAAUAAUUGAGGGGAGACUGCGCUGGUACGGUCAUGAUAACAGACGCCCGCCUAACCACAUGACGAGAAAAGUGCUCGAGAUGGAGCCGCAGCCAAGGGGCAGAGGCAGACCCCGCCUCACGUGGAUUUCUCUAGUCCAUAAGAAUAUGGAGAAAUUGGACCUGGUAAAUGAGACGACCCAAGAUCGCAGGAUCUGGCGACUGCGUGUUAGGAGAGCCGACCCCAAAUAA